GUGGAUUUCUGCUGAAAGUCUCUUCCUUCUCGCAACAGUACUACAUGUUGUGCAACGAUGGCGGACGAUGAUUUAGCACAGAUCAGGGCAGCGCGUCUUGCGCAACUCAAGCAACAGCAAGGUAGAGCAGGGUCAGGCGACAACGGGGACGAUGAGGAGAAGAGAAGGUUUGGGAGAACUGUCACCUGCCUCAAUAACACGACAACAAAAUACUGAUGAAAUACUUCAGAAAACAAGAGUCGGAAGCCCGGUCCCUCAUGCUGUCUCAAAUCCUCGAACCAGAAGCCGCGGACCGACUGGGGAGAAUACGCAUGGUCAAAGAGUCACGCGCUACGGAUGUCGAGAACAGGCUGAUCAUGCUCGCACGAUCAGGUCAACUACGGCAGAAAGUCACUGAAGAUCAGCUGAAAGAUAUGCUGGCAAGUCUGUCAGAGCAUGAGAAGCAGACGGGCCAUACCAUGGAGAGCGUGAAAGUCGUCCGGAGAGGUGGAUGGGACGACGACGACUUGGACGACCUCUUGAAGGAGGUAUGAUUGGGAGAAGAGAAAAACCCUGACGCAUUUGCAUGAUACCCCGCGAUGAACAUUGCUUUACAUUCACGACGGCGCCUCUGGCCGAGGAGGGGGAGCAGGCGUCGCUGCUACCUCCGUGGCUGUUCUGGCAGCCUUAGCAGCUUUGCGCUCCUCUCUCAGUUUCUUCCGAAUCGCACGCAGAUCCGGCGGCUGCUCAAUUCCUAGUCUUUGGCGCAGUUCUGCAACAUCCGUCUCGAGUUCCUCCUCCCAGUACACGUUGAUGAGGUCCUUGCUCUUCCAUCCAUUCGAGAACGCCCAUGGCAAGAAGAUCUGGAACAUCCUUUGCCUCUCUAUUGGUUUCAGCCGGACAAUUGCAGCUAGACUGAGUCCUGUCAUGGGCAAUCCGGUGUUUGCAAACUCGAACGCCUUCAAGCCAAGCUCCCCCUCUACCCAUACCGGUAAUCCGGUCACGGCAUGGUAGAAAUCAUGACACUCCCGAUAUCGCUGCAUGACAUAGGCCUCCUCUUCGUCAUCAAUGUACC